GGAGCAGUGGCCGGCCCGGCCGGCGACAUGGACCCCCUGUACCAGCAAACGCACAAGUGAGGGCCGGUUGGGGAGCGGGCAGGGGCUAGACGACGCUAGGCCAGAUGAGGCUGGCUUCCGGGGCUGGGGCCUCGGACGUCCGCCAGGGUAGAGGCCGAGUUUUUCUGCCAGGGCACUGCUGGGGAUGCCUCCGAAGUGCUUAAUCCUUGGCGGGACGCCCAGGUCAGACGCAGACAGUGGGUUCAGCCUGGGGCCUGGAGACGUGGGGCCGAUGACUCCUGGGGUCUGCAAGUCCGUGACUACCUGCUGGGUAGACUGGGUGAAGGGCACCUGCAGGUUAUAAAACUUUGUCCAGCACUUGUCAACUCGGUGCUCCUGGUUGGUAGAGCUUGAGAGGAGACACGGCACCUGGCCGUAGGAGUGUACUGUUUAAUUGGAGAGUCAAGGCAGGUCCACGAGAUCCAGUCUCGCAUGGGACGCCUGGAGACGGCAGACAAGCAGUCUGUGCAGAUAGUAGAAAACGAAAUCCAAGCAAGCAUAGACCAGAUAUUCAGCCGUCUAGAACGUCUGGAGAUUUUGUCCAGCAAGGAACCCCCUAACAAAAGGCAAAAUGCCAAACUUCGGGUCGACCAGUUAAAGUAUGAUGUCCAGCACCUGCAGACUGCGCUCAGAAACUUCCAGCAUCGGCGCCAUGCAAGGGAGCAGCAGGAGAGACAGCGAGAAGAGCUUCUGUCUCGAACCUUCACCACUAACGACUCUGACACCACCAUACCAAUGGACGAAUCACUGCAGUUUAACUCCUCCCUCCAGAAAGUUCACCACGGCAUGGAUGACCUCAUUUUAGAUGGGCACAAUAUUUUAGAUGGACUGAGGACCCAGAGACUGACCUUGAAGGGGACUCAGAAGAAGAUCCUUGACAUUGCCAACAUGCUGGGCUUGUCCAACACAGUGAUGCGGCUCAUCGAGAAGCGGGCUUUCCAGGACAAGUACUUUAUGAUUGGCGGGAUGCUGCUGACCUGUGUGGUCAUGUUCCUCGUGGUGCAGUACCUGACAUGAGCCAGCCACACUCGGUGGCUGAACAGCAUUCCCACGGCCUGCAAGUGUGUGUGCGUGAAAGAGAGGGGGGGGCCCAGAGGCCACCUUUUGAAAUGUGUGCCUGUCUGAACUGUGAAGACACUUGGGGAUGAUUGUGAUCUAAUUUCCAACCUGCGCUGUUUUCUGUGACAUCUUGGAGGGGGAGCUAGUGCCACCACCAUACGCGGUGCUUAGGAAAUGAAAGAAGUCCCAGGUCUGUCUCUCUCACUCUCGCUGUCACUGAGGGAGGGAAAGAGUGGCUUUGGUGGCUUUGUUCACACAACUGAUGCGUGCCCUGGGAAGGUGUCCACAGUGAGCCCUGCGUGCAGGACUGUCCACACGGUUCACACCUUGUCAUCCUCUGGCCUUUCUGGCUCCUGAUAAGUGAAAAGGAGAGGAAAGAAGCCUCCUUUUCUCACAUGUAGUCGAUCUCACAGUAGGUCGAUUCACAUGCUCCUGGCCACCUCCCCCAUACUCCAGUGACCUGUAGAUGACUAACUGUCAAUACUUGACAUCCUUCCCUGGAAGCAGCUACCUAGGGGAAACAAGAUGCUGUUGCCGAUAACAAGAUUUUCCACACUGUAGUUGGGUGUUUCUCCUUUCUGAAGUGAGGCCAUGUUAUUCCCUGGCAGUAUUCAGUCUUGACCCUAGUCACUGAUUUUUUCUAGUUGUUAAUAGAGUGGUUGGCUUUUAAGGUUCAGAGACUGGGGCUUGGCACCUGUGCCUAGGCCUUGUGGGCCUUUGCCUCUUAGAAAGUAGCUUGUAGGCAAAGAUUUGUGAUUUUCCAGUUACAGUCUCAGCUCUAGUUUUAGUAUCUCUAAUUCUUUGGUUCCCUUCUCUUCCCUGAAAUAUAUUAGCACCUGCCAGCCAGGCCCCCAUUUUGCCCAGCCAGUGUGGGCAGAUGCCACCGUGGAGACAUCUGUAGUGUUUAUAUCCUUGUAGCACUCUGUUUUCAGGGAGUACGAUCUUUUUCCUUCUCUGACCAGCCCUGGAUUCAGGCUGUACUAAUGCCAGCUGUCUUGUGGAAUUUAGUAUAAAGCCAGUCUGUCUUGAAGUCUAUCUAACGUGAUUAAUCACUGAAAGUCACAGAAAGACCUAGUUAGUGUAUUUUCUCAUUUACCACAGGCCUUGCCAACCCUACCAGCUCUGGGCACAGUAGCUUCAUGGCAAGACAUAAAAUGACACUCAAAAUCCUUCAGAACUGGAAACCUGCUCAGUAUUAACCCCACCUUUGGUUGUCCUGCCCCACCUGCUCUGUUAGUUUCUUGUUGCUUGAACUGUCUUCUGUCUUAUUUCCCUUCUUUUCUGUGUUCCUAUUCACCUCCCUUGUCCCCCUUCUUCCCGCUCUGUCGUCAUGUUGGUCUUUUCAGGCACGUCUGUGGUAUAGCUCCCCUUUGGUAAGUUUUCUUAAUUGUCACAGAUUAACUGAGGUUCCUGGAUGGUGAUUUCACACUUUUGGUCGGAUGAAAUCUCCAUUAUUCCUACCCCUCUGGGCCAGACGACCCUAGCUUUCCAAGGAAGGAGGGAUCUGUGACUCCUAAAACUCUGGCCCUGCCAGAGUUCAAGCAGUGACUGGAGGGUGGACUGAGGCGUUGCGGCAUCUUUAGACCUAUAUCUGUCUAACCCUGGGGAUUCACGUUGACAUUUCCAUUACACCCAGCACCGCUGCGGUGCCAGGGACCUAGCAUGGGGCUCUUGGUAAUCCAUAAAAUGGAUUCUGAGACUACGACAGCGUGGCUGUCCUGUCCCCCAGGCACCCAAGGAUCCUGCCAGACAGCACACUUUGGAGGAAGGUCUGCAGGGUGCAGCCGAGCCAUUUGUUCUUGAACUCUGGGAAGCAGAAGUCCCCACACCCAUCAUGCGUGGACCAAUAGGACGUCUUUUCAUGGUGUGCACCAGUGCUUUCCACAUUUGACUAGUUGGCUUUGAUGAACUCUCAUGCUGCACCUUCAGAGCCAGUUCUCUCUAGUUUGGAAUAAAAAUUGCAGAGGUAGUUUUUGGGUCUUUACCACCUGGAGCUGGUGGACAGCAGCCAGUGUGUCCGGACAUCCAGGAGCGCUGAGACUGCAUGUUGUCACAUAACCACUUUUCUUCACACAUCCGCUUUUGGUGCCUGGUGAAAAAUAGACCUUGGCCUAACAAUGUGACUGUCUCUGCCACCUCAGAGUGUAGGGAUGGGUCCAGGCCAGUGAAGGAGCACCCUCUAGUGGAGGCGGGGGUGAAUUCUUAUGUCGAGCUGAUGCAAGAAACUCCAGUAGCCAGCGAGUUUGGUGUGCCUAUUGUGAUUUAAAACAGGUGGGUUAUCAAGAGGAACUUGGGAUCUCUUUAUUACGUGGACAUUUACUUCAGGGGGGACCGUUGUAAGAAAAGCCAAACUCCAAGAUCAAGUAAGUUAGGUGAGUCUUAAUUUUUUAGAUUUCACUGAGGAGUUCUGUCCACCCUUUGCCCUAAUGAAUUUGAAUGGGUUUAAUUUGCGAAUUUGGAUUUAGACCCAUUGUUUUUGAAGCACAUCAGCUGAAUAAAGUUGAGGUUUAUUUUAUUUAGAAAAUCA